AUGCACCGAAAGGAAAGAGUUAGAGUCUUUCCAGCCCAUGCUUUGGAAUGGGUCGCCAAACACUUAACACUUAAGGAGUUAAAAAAGGUCAUGUGUGUGUCUGAGGAGGUUAAAAGAGCAAUUGAAGGAAAUCCAGUCAUUUGGAUGCGCUAUCUACAAGGGGAAGAAGUCCUAAGAACUCCUAAGUACUUAGAAAGAGUCAAACAAGAGCACUUAUUAUCACAACGUUGGCGAGAUAAGAAAGAAGAGUAUAAAGGUCGAGUAAAGCAUCCUUUGCCCGUUGAAAUCACUAAACUAAAGAUGUUUGGUGAUAUUUUGAUUGUAUCUAGUAAUUCGGCUUUGAUUAGUGUUUUUGAUAUUAAGUUGAAUCUAUUAGCCCGUUUAUCUGGACAUAAGGGAAGUAUUUGGGCCUUUGAUUAUCGGGCGGGUUUACUCCUAACCGGUAGUACUGAUCGGACGGCUAAAGUUUGGGACUGUUUUUUAGGCGUAUGUAUUCGUACUUUAGUUGGUCAUACUUCUACUAUUAGGUGUGUUUUAUGGGCGGAUGAGUAUGUUAUUACUGGAUCAAGAGAUAGUACGUUGCGUGUUUGGGCAGUACGUACUGGUCAGUGUUUGCGUGUUUUAUCUGGUCAUAGAGAUAGUAUUAGAGAUGUUAAACGAGUUGAAGGGAAGCCUUUAGUUGUAUCUGGGUCGUAUGAUGGGAGUUGUAUUCUUUGGAAUUAUGAAACGGGAGCUGGGCUUCGGUACUUGUUGAGUAUGCCACGGCGGCUGUACAGUGUACUGGUCUUUGGGAGUUAUGUUUGCCUGGGGGGUAUGGACCAGGUCUUAAAUGUAGUGGACUUAGAAGGGAAGGUAGUAUUUAGGAGUAAAGGACAGACGGGUACUAUUUUUAAGAUAAGGAAGGAUAGAUUUAAUGUUUAUGCCCUGACAACGGAUGGAUCUUUAUCUAAAUGGGUAGAGGGGACGAGUUCUUUAGCCUAUUUGAUUGAAACGGCUACUAAAGCCAUUGAUUUUGUGGUUUUGAACCAUUAUUUAGUGAUUGGGUUAUUAGAUCGGGUGGAUUUGUACUGUAAGGAGACGGGGAAGUACGCAAGGACUAUUUGUGUGGUUGAGCAGCUCUAUGCUCUUUGGGCUAAUGAAGAGAUGUUAUUCUAUAGUGCUCGGAGUAAGGGAACCACCGAAAUAUACACUGUACAUUAUGUAGCCAAAAGAUCCACUUAA